GCAGUGUGAGGCUCAAGCGGCACUAUAUAUAAGCUCGUGAGCCUCUGCCCCAUUCCACCUUCAGCCAUUUUAACAAUGUUGGGAGCUGUGGGACGCUGCUGCACUGGGGCUUUGCAAGCUCUCAAGCCCGGGGUGACCCCCCUGAAGGCCCUCAACGGAGCUCCAGCAGCACUGUUUUCUCGCAGGGAUUAUGCUGCUCCUGCCGCAGCUGCUGCCGCCGCCAGCGGGCGUAUCGUUGCGGUCAUCGGUGCCGUAGUGGACGUCCAGUUUGACGAGGGCUUGCCCCCAAUUCUCAAUGCCCUGGAAGUAGCCGGCCGUGACUCCAGGCUAGUCCUGGAGGUAGCUCAGCAUCUGGGGGAGAGCACCGUCCGUACCAUUGCUAUGGAUGGUACUGAGGGACUGGUGCGUGGUCAGAAGGUUCUUGACACUGGUGCCCCCAUCAGAAUCCCUGUGGGACCUGAGACGCUUGGCAGGAUCAUGAAUGUCAUUGGUGAGCCCAUUGACGAAAGAGGACCAAUUACCACAAAACAGACUGCCCCAAUCCAUGCCGAGGCCCCAGAAUUCACAGACAUGAGUGUUGAGCAGGAGAUUCUGGUCACAGGAAUCAAGGUCGUAGACCUGCUGGCCCCCUAUGCCAAGGGUGGCAAGAUUGGUCUUUUCGGUGGUGCUGGUGUGGGAAAGACUGUAUUGAUUAUGGAGCUGAUCAACAAUGUGGCCAAGGCUCAUGGUGGUUACUCAGUGUUUGCUGGCGUGGGAGAGAGAACCCGUGAGGGAAACGAUCUCUACCAUGAGAUGAUUGAGUCUGGUGUCAUCAACCUGAAGGACACCACCUCAAAGGUGGCGCUGGUGUACGGACAGAUGAACGAGCCUCCAGGUGCCCGUGCCCGUGUGGCUCUGACUGGACUGACCGUUGCUGAGUAUUUCCGUGACCAGGAGGGCCAGGAUGUGUUGCUCUUCAUUGACAACAUUUUCCGCUUCACCCAGGCUGGAUCAGAGGUGUCUGCCCUGCUGGGCCGUAUCCCCUCUGCUGUGGGUUAUCAGCCAACUCUGGCCACUGACAUGGGUACCAUGCAGGAAAGAAUCACCACAACCAAGAAGGGUUCAAUCACAUCUGUGCAGGCCAUCUAUGUGCCUGCUGAUGACUUGACUGAUCCUGCCCCUGCCACCACUUUCGCUCACUUGGACGCCACCACUGUGUUGUCCCGUGCCAUUGCUGAGCUGGGCAUCUACCCUGCCGUGGACCCACUUGACUCCACCUCCCGUAUCAUGGACCCCAACAUUGUGGGAUCUGAGCAUUAUGAUGUAGCCCGUGGUGUCCAGAAGAUCCUCCAGGACUACAAGUCCCUGCAGGAUAUCAUUGCUAUUCUGGGUAUGGAUGAGUUGUCUGAGGAGGAUAAGCUCACAGUGGCUCGUGCACGUAAGAUCCAGAGGUUCCUGUCUCAGCCCUUCCAGGUCGCUGAGGUCUUCACUGGACACAUGGGCAAGCUGGUGCCCCUGAAAGAGACCAUCAAGGGCUUCAAGGCCAUUCUGGCUGGUGAGUAUGACGCUUUGCCCGAGCAGGCCUUUUACAUGGUGGGACCCAUUGAGGAGGUCGUCCAGAAGGCAGAGAAACUGGCUGAGGAGCAUUCGUAAACGAGUCUGUUUAAAUGUGUCAGGGCGGGUUGAAUGAAAAGGAGGAGCACUUGGUUUGUAAUGUCACAUUCAAAAACAAAUUGUAUCUUUAUCGCUGGUCAUUCUGAAGUUCUAUUUAAUGUUUCCAAUUAAUGGUGGAAAUAAAACUGUCUUACCGUGAA